GUUAUAAUAAGUGAAUUUUCUUCAGCUGCAUUCAUUCAAACCAAGAAAAUUCCGUUUAUUCUUUCCUUGCUCUCGCAUCAUGUUAAGAGUUUUGAAGAGUAAUAUGCCAGAAGAUUAUGAAAGAUUAGCUCGUUCUAUUGGUGAAGAAACCUUACAUGGUCUUAAAAAUUAUGACUUUGCAGCAAAAUCUAUUGAAUCAAAAUUCAAUGAGAUGAUAAAUGCAAAAUCUAAGGACGAUCAAUCGAAAAUUUAUUUUCAUUGUCUUAUUGCUUCGGAAUCAGAUAAAGACAGGUCCUUCUACCAUCUAUUCAAUUUGAAACCAGUUGACAAUCAUUUUAUGGUCACUUUUAAGUAUGAAGACAAGAUUAUUUUCCUGGGUGAUGAUUUCUAUGAAAUAUCUUAACAAUGAACUGAAAUUUUUCAUACGAUUUUAUUUGUAAUUGGAAUUGAAAAGCAAUAAAAGCAUUUUGGGAA